GCCGCUGCUGCCGCGCCGGACGCUGCGGGCUAGCGCGCGGGGGCUGCGGCUGCGUGUCCCGGCGCGCGGCUGGGUGGCCCCGCCGGCCACGAGGACACAGCAGGAUGAAACAGAGACUAAGGUGACAGUGCCAGGUGGAUCAGCAGCCAUUCCACUGCCCGCUCCGCGGUUGUGCCAAGAGUAGGGGAGCAUGGAGGAGAGGAAGCAGGAGACAACCAACCAAGCGCACGUCCUCUUCGACCGGUUCGUCCAGGCCACUACCUGCAAGGGAACCCUCAGGGCCUUCCAAGAGCUCUGUGACCACCUGGAACUGAAGCCUAAGGACUAUCGCUCCUUCUACCACAAGCUCAAGUCCAAGCUCAACUACUGGAAGGCCAAAGCCCUCUGGGCCAAAUUGGACAAGCGGGGCAGUCACAAAGACUACAAAAAGGGGAAAGCCUGCACCAACACAAAGUGUCUCAUCAUUGGAGCUGGCCCCUGUGGUCUCCGAACAGCCAUCGACUUGUCCUUAUUGGGAGCCAAAGUGGUCGUUAUUGAGAAGAGAGACGCCUUCUCCCGAAACAAUGUCUUGCAUCUCUGGCCCUUCACCAUACAUGAUCUUCGAGGUCUGGGUGCCAAGAAAUUCUACGGCAAGUUCUGUGCUGGAGCCAUCGAUCACAUCAGUAUCCGUCAGCUCCAGCUAAUCCUCCUGAAAGUUGCCUUGAUCUUAGGCAUUGAAAUCCAUGUCAAUGUGGAAUUCCAAGGACUCGUUCAGCCUCCUGAGGACCAAGAGAAUGAACGGAUAGGAUGGCGAGCAUUGGUGCACCCCAAAACUCAUCCUGUAUCAGAAUAUGAAUUUGAAGUGAUCAUCGGUGGGGAUGGGCGUAGGAACACCCUGGAAGGAUUUCGUCGGAAAGAAUUCCGUGGCAAGCUAGCCAUUGCCAUCACGGCAAAUUUUAUUAACCGAAACACAACCGCAGAGGCCAAAGUAGAGGAGAUCAGUGGUGUUGCUUUUAUAUUCAACCAAAAAUUUUUCCAGGAGCUGAGAGAAGCCACAGGCAUUGAUUUGGAGAACAUCGUCUACUACAAAGAUGACACACACUACUUCGUUAUGACGGCCAAAAAGCAGAGCUUGCUGGACAAAGGGGUGAUACUGCAUGACUACACAGACACAGAGCUGUUACUUUCCCGGGAGAAUGUGGACCAGGAGGCCCUGCUAAACUAUGCCCGGGAGGCUGCAGACUUCUCUACCCAGCAGCAACUGCCUUCUCUGGAUUUUGCCAUCAAUCACUACGGGCAACCUGAUGUGGCCAUGUUUGACUUUACCUGUAUGUACGCCUCUGAAAACGCUGCCUUGGUACGGGAACAAAAUGGACACCAGUUACUAGUAGCUCUGGUUGGGGACAGCCUCCUGGAGCCUUUCUGGCCAAUGGGAACAGGAAUAGCCCGGGGCUUUCUGGCUGCUAUGGAUUCUGCCUGGAUGGUACGAAGCUGGUCUCUGGGCACCAGCCCCUUGGAAGUCCUGGCAGAGAGGGAAAGCAUUUAUAGGUUGCUGCCUCAGACCACCCCUGAGAACGUGAGCAAAAACUUCAGCCAGUAUAGCAUCGACCCUGUCACUAGGUAUCCCAAUAUUAAUAUCAACUUCCUCCGGCCAAGCCAGGUGCGCCAUUUGUAUGAUAGCGGAGAAACAAAGGAUAUCCAUCUGGAAAUGGAGAACCUGGUGAAUUCCCGAACCACUCCCAAGCUGACUCGCAAUGAGUCUGUAGCUCGUUCAAGCAAACUGCUGGGCUGGUGUCAAAGGCAGACCGACGGCUAUGCAGGGGUGAAUGUGACAGACCUCACCACAUCUUGGAAAAGCGGACUGGCCCUGUGUGCAAUCAUCCACAGAUACCGCCCUGAUCUGAUAGACUUCGACUCUUUGGAUGAGCAGAACGUGGAGAAGAAUAACCAGUUGGCCUUCGACGUGGCUGAGAAGGAGCUGGGCAUCUCUCCUAUCAUGACCGGCAAGGAGAUGGCGGCAGUGGCGGAGCCCGACAAGCUCUCCAUGGUGAUGUACCUCACGCAGUUCUACGAGAUGUUCAAGGACUCACUCUCUUCCAGCGACACCUUGGACCUGAAUGCAGAGGAGAAAGCCGUCCUGAUAGCCAGCACCAAAUCCCCCAUCUCCUUCCUGAGCAAGCUGGGCCAGACCAUCUCUCGGAAGCGCUCUCCCAAGGAUAAAAAGGAAAAGGAUUCGGAUGGGGCUGGGAAGAGGAGGAAAACGAGUCAGUCGGAGGAGGAGGAGCCUCCCCGGAGCUACCGAGGAGAAAGACCCACCCUGGUGAGCACCCUGACGGACAGGCGGAUGGAUGCUGCCAUUGGGAACCAGAACAAAGUAAAGUAUAUGGCAACCCAGCUGCUGGCCAAGUUCGAAGAGAAUGCGCCCCCACAGUCCACUGGCGUGAGGAGACAGCCGACACAAGAACGUGGGGUCAGACGGCCGUCCUGCUGCCUGCCUGGGCAGGGUCGCCCUGCUCCCAUCCCCCAGUGGAAACAGGGCUCCAUAAAGAAGGAGUUCCCACAGAACCUGGGGGGCAGCGACACAUGCUAUUUCUGCCAGAAGCGGGUCUAUGUGAUGGAGAGGCUGAGCGCCGAGGGCAAGUUCUUCCACCGCAGCUGCUUCAAAUGCGAGUACUGCGCCACCACGCUGCGCCUCUCUGCAUACGCCUACGACAUCGAGGACGGCAAAUUCUACUGUAAGCCGCACUACUGUUACCGACUGUCGGGCUACGCGCAGAGGAAGAGGCCUGCAGUGGCUCCUCUGUCUGGAAAGGAAGCCAAAGGACCCCUGCAGGAUGGUCCCACCGCAGAUGCGAACGGACUGGCCAGCGUUGCCGCCAGCUCGGCUGAGAGAACUCCAGGUUCCAGCAUGAAUGGCCUGGAGGAGCCCAGCAUCGCCAAGAGGCUGAGGGGCACCCCUGAGAGGAUCGAGCUGGAGAACUACCGUCGGUCUGUGAGGCAGGUGGAGGAGCUGGAGGAGGUGCCUGAGGAGACGCAGGCCGAGCAUAACCUGAGCAGCGUAUUAGACAAGGGCACCGAAGAGGAUGUGGCCAGCAGCAGUUCCGAGUCAGAGAUGGAGGAGGAGGAAGAGGAGGAUGACGAAGACGACCAGCUCCCCACCUCUGACCUGGGCGGGGUUCCCUGGAAGGAGGCAGUAAGGAUUCAUGCCCUUCUGAAGGGGAGGAGUGAAGAGGAGCUGGAGGCCUCCAAGAACUACGAGCCUGAGGAAGAGGAGGAGGAGGAAGAGGAGGAGGAAGAAGAAUAUGAUGAAGAGGAAGAGGAGGAGUCAAGUGAAGAAGGGGAGUAUUGCCCCUGGGACAGAGAACUCCUGCAAGGCCAGUGGCUCCAGCAUCUCUCAAAGGAAGAAGAAAGGGGUACACGUGAAGCCGGGAGCAGCAGGCUGCAGCAGAUCCUUACCGCAGCAGAUCCCUUGGCGAUCCAGGCCGAUGUGCACUGGACACACAUCCAUGAGAGGGAGGCGGAGGAGAGGAUGCUCCCGACCUCCGAGUCCUCCACUUCUAGAGUGACCGGCCUUCCCUCCGUACGCCGCGCAGCAGUCCAGGCCUGGCUGGAGACUGUCUCCGGAGCCCCUCUGGAUGAGAAUGACCUAGAAGAGGACGUGGACUCGGAGCCAGCGGAGACUGAAGGGGAAGCUGCAGAGGAUGGGGACCCUGGGGACACUGGUGCCGAGCUGGAUGAUCAACACUGGUCUGAUGACAUUCCUUCCGACGCCGAGACGGAACUUCGCUUACAGUGCCAGGCCAAGGCGAAAGCCGAGCUGGAGCUGAGGGUGUCAGAGAACGAGGAAGAGAAGCCUCCUGAUACACCAAAGCAAGAGGAGAGAGGUCCUUCCCGAGUCUCCAGCCCUAGCCAGUCACCUCAGAAACAAGCCAUUCUGCUCACCCCAACCCACAGCCCUGAGGCAGAGGGGGCCCAGUCCCCACUUACCUCUGUCACCACCAAGGCGAAGUCCCCCGAGGAGCCCCUCUUUCCUGCACCUCUGCUCCCCAGAGAAAAGCCCAAAGCUGAAGCCCCCACAGAUCAGAAGAUUGUGCACUCGCCCAUCCGAUCACAGCCUGUGGCCCUGCCAGAAGCCAGGACACCUACCUCACCUACCCGCUUACAGCCAGAGUCUCCACUGGCCCCUGCCCCACCGCCCUCAACCCAGCUCCCCAUCUGUUCCCAGCCUCAACCUUCCUCAGAUGCUUCCAUCCCGUCACCCUCCGAGUCCCCCAUACGCUUCCAGCCGGUUCCAGCUAAAACAUCCACCCCCUUGACCCCACUCCCUGUGAAGAGCCAAGGAGACCCCAAAGACAGACUCAGUGGCCCUCUGGCUGUGGAGGAGGCCCUGAAGCGGAGUGACCUGGUGGAGGAGUUCUGGAUGAAGAGCGCCGAGAUCCGCCGCAGCCUGGGCCUCACUCCUGUGGACCGGAACAAGGGGUCAGAGCCCAGCCUCCCCUCACCCGCCUUUAAGCCAAUAUCCCUAAAGUCCUACUCGGUUGACAAGUCCCCUCAGGAAGAGGGCCUCUGCCUUCUGAAACCUCCAUCUGUUCCUAAAAGGUUAGGCCUGCCAAAGUCAGCUGGUGACCAGCCCUCACUGCUGACCCCAAAGUCGCCCUCUGAAAGGGAACUGAGGAGCAACCAGGAGGAGCGAAGGGACCUCUCCAGCAGCUCGGGCCUAGGCCUCCAUGGCAGCUCCUCCAACAUGAAGACCUUGGGCAGCCAGAGCUUCAACACCUCGGACUCUACCAUGCUCACUCCGCCUUCUAGCCCACCCCCACCCCCACCUCCCAAUGAGGAGCCUGCAACCCUGCGAAGGAAGCCCCAUCACACUUUUGAGCGCAGGGAGGCCUCGGUUAUCCCUCCUCCUCCUCCUGCCACAUUCAUGCGGCCCCCACGGGAGCCAACCCAGCCCCCCAGGGAGGAGGUCCGGAAGUCCUUCGUGGAGAGUGUGGAUGAGAUCCCCUUUGCUGAUGAUGUGGAGGACACUUAUGAUGACAAGACCGAGGACUCCAGUCUGCAGGAGAAGUUCUUCACACCCCCCUCCUGCUGGUCCCGGUCAGAGAAGCCCCUGGCCAAGGAGAAUGGGCGGCUCCCUCCCCUGGAUCGUGAUGCACAACCGCAGAAAAGGGGGCUGCCUCUGGUCUCUGCAGAAGCCAAGGAGCUGGCUGAGGAGCGCAUGCGAGCCCGGGAGAAGUCUGUGAAGAGCCAGGCACUUCGAGAUGCCAUGGCCAAGCAGCUGAGCAGGAUGCAGGCCAUGGAGCUGGCAGCCUCCAGGUCCCGCAUAACUCCAUCUCAGGGCAAGGAACUAGGGCCCGAGUCCACCAAGCGCUCAGGCUUCCGAGGUUCCCAGGAACCCACUCUGAAGCAUGAGGCUACUAGUGAGGAGAUCUUCUCUCCUCCAUCAGACUCAGGAGGCCCUGAUGGCUCUGUCACCUCCUCUGAGGGUUCCAGUGGGAAGAGCAAAAAGAGGUCGUCCCUCUUCUCCCCCCGCAGGAACAAGAAAGAGAAGAAACCCAAAGGGGAAGGCCGACUCCCAGAGAAACCCAGCCUGGGCCUCCCAGAGGAAGUGGCUGCUAAGCCCAAGUCCCUGUGGAAGUCGGUCUUCUCCGGGUACAAAAAGGACAAAAAGAGAAAGAGUGAUGAGAAGUCCUGCUCCAGUACCCCGUCCAGUGGUGCCACGGUGGACUCCGGCCAGCACAGGGCAUCUCCGAUUGUGAGAGCAGAGCUGCAGCUCCGGCGUCAGCUGAGUUUCUCAGAGGACUCAGACCUGUCCAGCGAUGACAUCCUUGAGAGGUCUUCCCAGAAGUCCAAGCGAGAGUCGAUUUAUGUACCACACGCCUUGGCAUUCAGGAGAGCCUAUUCAUCAAAGCCCAGAACCUACACAGAAGAGGAGCUGAGCGCCAAGCUGACGCGACGCGUGCAGAGGGCAGCUCGGAGACAGGCCAAGCAGGAGGAGCUGAAGCGGCUGCACCGAGCCCAGAUCAUCCAACGGCAGCUGGAGCAAGUGGAGGAGAAGCAGAGGCAGCUGGAGGAGAGGGGAGUCGCGGUGGAGAAGGCCCUGCGAGGCGAAGCAGUUGAGCCCAGUGGCGGGACUCCACGACGCAGACCUCUCUCCUUCUGCCCUUGCUGUGUCCAGGAAGGCAUGGGCAAAAAGGAUGACCCCAAGCUGAUGCAGGAGUGGUUCAAGCUGGUGCAGGAGAAGAACGCCAUGGUGCGCUACGAGUCGGAGCUGAUGAUCUUUGCCCGGGAGCUGGAGCUGGAAGACCGCCAGAGCCGGCUGCAGCAGGAGCUUCGGGAGCGCAUGGCUGUGGAAGAUCACCUGAAGACCGAGGAGGAGCUGUCAGAGGAGAAGAAGAUCCUGAACGAGAUGCUGGAGGUGGUGGAGCAGAGAGACUCACUGGUGGCCCUGCUGGAAGAGCAGCGACUGCGGGAGAAAGAGGAGGACAAGGACCUGGAGGCUGCUAUGCUGUGCAAGGGCUUCAGCCUGGACUGGUCCUGAGCCUGGCUACCGUUGGGUUUGGUUGAUUGGCACCCACCUGACCCGGCUGCGUUAUCCCGACCCACCGGAUCCAGGUUCAGAAGAGACCUGGCGUGCCUGGAAGGUAGCUCACAGACACCUGUGCUGUGGGAAAACCCCAGGCGAGGGUUAUCAUCUGAGGUGAAGGGCCGUGUGGGACUUCCCAUUCAGGAGGGAGGAGACGGGUGUUUGGCAUGUGCCACAGGGGACACUCCUGCAGGUCCCCGAGGGCUUGCUGCCUGGCACCUCUUCCUUCCUUCUGCUGGUAAGAGAGGGAAGUGACUCCUCUUCAGAGCCACUGACACCCAGAGCACCUGAAGAGCCGAGUGGCUACAGUCCUCGUGCUUCCUGAAGCACCACCAAAGAAAGUGCAGAAGCAUCUGCAGAGAAGCUGUGGAUGGAGGGGAUCCAGCAGGGAGCAGCACCCGUGGGGGUGAUGAGGGUGAUGCCCACCCUCCCAUUGCAGGGGAAGCCAGACAGUAGGCAGGUUCAUUAUGCAAGUUAGGAGGGUGCAGGAGGGCUCUGCCCCCGGCCCCGCCACACACUGGAUUCCCAGUGGCCAAGUGCCCCCCAGGCCUUUCAUGUGGGCAGUGGCCUGAGGCCCGCGGAUUGCUGUGUUUUGCUUUUAGUUCACAACGAUUUUGACACUGGAAAGUAUUGACUGUGGCAGAGCUGAGGGAGACCCUACAUGUCGACAGACAGGCGCCACCCCUGGUCGGCACCCACGGCAGUACAGGAGAUGGCUCUCCUCAGCAUUUUUCUGUGUUUGCACAUCGAAAGGAAACUGACAACCUGCCCAGACACUCAGCCACUUCGGACCCUUUUUGUCGAUUAACUUAUUUUUUUAAUACUUGAAAGGAAGCAACUUCGUUUUUAUACCUUUACUAGAGACACUGAUUGCCUGUCACCUGCCUGUAGGACUUGACUGGGAGGGCUUUGUGCAGCCCUGCAGCCCUGAGGCAAACUGACCUGAUCUUGUUACAUGCAUAUUUAUUAGCCGUCUUGAUAGUGUUACGGGCCUGGUCUGACCAGCGGGCAGCUCAAAGCCCUGUGGGUCCUUCCUCACAGCUUCUCUGUCCCCUCCUCCACCCAGCACCCUGUCCCUGCUGGCACUGGACUUCUACAGGGGAGCUGCCUCUUUGUAAGGACGCGUUUCAGCACUAGGAGGCCAGGCCUGGAGACAGACCGGCUGCUGUGGCCUCUGCUCUUGGAAUCGUGGCUCUGCGGAACCCACUUUGUCCAGUUUUGCUGCCAAGGUUUUACUUCCUGUACAGAUGUUAAAGAUGGAGGGUAGCCCCUCCUCACGCUGGCUGGGACCAAGUGGAGUGUGACCUUGUCCUCAGGCCGGCUGAUGGCAAUGCCCUGGUCCAGCUGGAGGGGCAUGUGUGCACGGGCCUCCCCUCAACACGCCGGCCACUCUGACCUUCCCUGCCUGUACUAGGAUUUUCUUGGCCUGGCAAGAGCCAACAAGCACCAUGUAACCAGCUCCAUAAGCCAAACUGCUCAUUUCUUGUGGUUCACCCAGAGACUGGUGAUGGGGGCCAGGGUGCUUCUCUUUCCAUGGGUGCCACACCAAUCUGGAAAAGGGUAUGCCAGCUGGGCCUGCUGGGAGGAGAUUGGGAAGAAGAUAUGCCAUCCCUGGCCUCCCUUCAAGGCUGCCAAGGGCCCACACUCAUCCUGGACUUCCUGUGGGAACCACACUGUGCCUCAACUUGAACAUCCAUCUAACUCCAGAGGAGCAAACAGCAAUCUCACCCUUCUCCUCGUGCGAAAGCUGCCAUCUCUCCUGUGGAAAGACAGGUGUGCUGCCAGCAACCACCGCAGCUCUGACGUCAUCAGUUCUUGGUCUCUGACGUGGCAUUACUGCUAUUUUUAUUCUCUGUCUAAAACGAGGAGAGGAGGAUGUUCUGGGUUCCAUUUUUCAACCACAAUCUGCCAAUCAGACUGGACUUUGGACAGGACCUUUAUCGCCUGUGUGGCCUUCUUAACCCUGUCCGCCUCCCCAGUGCAAUCCCAGGAAAUUCAGCCUGUCAUUUCUGCUAACCCACAAGAAAGAACCCAUUUCCUGAGUGACUCACAAAGGAUGCAGGGGCACGCAGCGCCUCUUGUGGCCUCGUGGGUGUCCCCUCCCUCCUCUGUCCUGGUCAGCCACGACCCUGUUGAACUUUCCAAAGCACACGCUGCUUCCUACAGUCACUAGGAAGGGGGCAGAAAUCCACCAGCCUGGGAGACGUCCCCAACUCCCCAGCCGAAGCAGCAUGAGGACUUGGGGUUCUCGUAGAGCACCUUUUUUUGGCUCCCAGUUUGUAACCACUAGUUUGACGUCGAUUUCAGCGGUCUGGGGACUCGAGACAGGAACUGUUCUCCACCUCUGGAAAUGCAUGCAGGUCUAUUCAGGAAUUCCGUCUUCACUUGAAGGCCGGGAAGAAAGGGUAUAUAUAGCCACACACUUCAUACAUGUAUAAGAUGCUAGAGUGUGUUUGAGUGAGCCCAAACUCAAGGCUACGGAUAGUACAUGAGGCACCAGCCUCUACCCCUAAAGCAGAAGACUGUCCCCUGCUCCCCAGUGAGAGCCAGGCCAGAACCCCAGGUUCUAACCCUGCUCAGCUGAUAAAGGACCUUUUCCUCCAGCGGCCAUCCUAAGAUAAUUUUGACCAGCAACUUUAGACUUUAAAAGAUAAGACAUUUUCACUGGGACAGGAGAGAAAAGAGUGGGGGCAGGGGCAACAAGUAUCAGGGGCUGGGAAUAUAGCUCAGUGGUAGGAUGUGUGCUUAGCAUGCAUAAGGCCCACGGUUCAAUCCCCAGUAUCACAGUAAAAACGACCCACAAGAGGGAACGGUCUGUUUUAUGCGCAAUAAAGUUUUUUUUCUUUUUUUAAGAAAUAAA